CCGCCGACGUGGACGUAGGGGAUGCCACGAAGUCCAUGAGGCAAUCGACAUCACAGUUUUUCUGCACAGUAACCCAGGACCCGGUGUGCCUAUGAAGCUCAGAAUAACUGCGCGGUGGCAGCGGCGGGGAGGGUUGCCGUAAGACGUGGAUAAGGCCGCCGGCGUACCUGCCAUUUUGGACGCUUGCAUUGAUGGAUUGAUUCUUGGAUUAUGAGGUAAACAUACUGUACAGUUCAAGUUCACAGCGCAGUGACUACUACAAACAUUCUUUCAACAGCAACUGCUGUGAUACUUGCCCUAACAUGGUCUCGAAAGCAGUGUAAGGGGAGCUCUCUGUCGGUAUCCUGCAUGGGAGGAAGAGUGUCGAGCCUGCCUUCAAGUUGUUCAUGCGGAGGCUGCCACAUCCGCGAUGGUCGUGUACUCAUUCUACAUCUUUGAUCGGCAUGCCGAGUGCAUCUACAAGAAGAACUGGCUACCAUCUACGCUCUCGUCCUCCGGCAAAACAGGCCGACCGUCUUCGCAGGCAUACGGCAACAGUGGAAUCACAGGCCGCUCAACCCUGAGUGCGGAGAACGAUGCGAAGCUUGUCUUCGGGGUGGUAUUCUCUUUACGGAACAUGGUGCGGAAGCUAGGAGGCGAGGACGAUAGUUUUCUUUCAUAUCGAACUUCCCAAUACAAGCUCCACUACUACGAGACACCCACCAAUAUCAAGUUUGUCAUGCUCACAGAUACAAAGUCUGGCUCCAUGAGGAUUGCAUUGCAGCAGAUCUACGUCAACUGCUACGUCGAGUAUGUUGUCAAGAACCCGCUAUCUCCGGUUGAACAUCCUGGUGGCAUCGGAGUCAAUAAUGAGCUCUUCGAACUGAGCUUGGAGCAAUUUGUGGACCGUGUCCUCAACGCUUCUUGAAUACCACUCGCUACAUAGCCGCCCGGACUGUGGCUCGCCGAGAUCUGCCCAUGCUUAUACCGAUCCGUUAUUCCAUUUAUCCCGGAGCCGUACCUGUGCAGAAGGAAAAUCGCCCCCACAAUGAUGUGAUGAACUUUGGCAAUGCUUUGGCACUGUACGGUGGGCUUUCAGGCUACGUCAGCAUCAUUCUAAGGCCAUUCGCGCCUGGGCUUACUUCAAGGGAGGUCUGACAAAGCAUGUCACUUGUCUCACAGCCCAGGGAAUGUGUCACCUUCGGCCCCAGAAGGCGGCGGCGCGGACGAGUAACCCGUCCAGAUGCGUCGUGGAAAGUAUGAGCUGUUGAUACAGACCAACACGAAGUCGAUGUCCUCUGUUCAGGGCGUAGUUCAACGCUCCCGCUCGUUCUGGAACAUGACAAAAAACGUGUUGUGGCACAGCGUCUUGCUGCCGAAAGUUCGCCCAAUACGCGUCUACGGACUCUCAUCCGAGCGCUACUAGGGACUGUUGCGCAGUCAGCCCCGGCAGAGGUCAAAUUGAAAAGUGCAUCGUGAAAAGACCAAUGCCAUCACCGAAAUGCAUGUCUGGAGCAUGAUUGGGUGGAGGCGGCCUCGGUUAAUUGACGCUAGAGCGAAUGUGCCUUGAACUUUGGCGAAUCGCAAUAAUCAUCUCUGGAAAUGGUCCAAAAAGUGCAGAAAAUGGCGACCGGCACCUCGAGCCACGGUGCAUGCUGAUCAGCUUGUCGGAAAAGUCUCUUGAGGGAAAACCCUGGUACGGGGCAACGUCUCCUCGUCAGGAUAGUCUUGUCGGAGGGUUUGAGGCAGCACGCGGCAAUAACACUCAUCCCUGCUUCCAUGUGCUGGGUCAGCACCCUCAUCGCCCAGGGCCGUUGACCAGAACUGAAAACACCAAUUUGGCGGUGAGUGCGGCACAGCAAAUUAUAUUAUUGUUGAAUACGAGUCAGGUCAUGGAGGGGCCAAAUAUACCUAGUCUCGUGUGUCACAGGGUAGCUGCUGGACGUUACGCCUGGAAAUGCGCAUAAAUCUGCCUACCUAGGUACCUAGGUACCUACCAGGAGUACCUACCAGAGGUGACCCAACCAAUGCUGAGGUAGUGCAUGUCGGCGGGAAGGGGCAGUAGUACACAGAAUAGGUAAUGUGUCUGCAAAGAGUCGAUUCUAAGCGUUGGCAGACAAUAUGCACUCCAAGUCGACAGGCUUCCUGGAACCAUCGAAUGAUAGGAGUUCAGCUGGUGCAAAUGCAGAAUGGGCAACUGAACUCGCUGAUGUGCACACCGCAGAAGACGCACAAGUGAAACGCUACACGAGGAAUCUGUGCUGGGCCAAUGGUGGGGUGUCACCAACUAGUACUGUAUAUUGUUCAUGUCUCUGAUCUCAAUUAAUAUUUUGUCCUCCCAGGCCCUAGCGUUCUGGAGAAGUGCCGA